AUGCUUUUUGGCUGGGAUAUUGGAUCCAUUGGUGGCAUUAUUGUGAUGGAAGCAUUCAAAAAAGAGUACAAAAUCACUCCAAAGGUUGCCGCAACCUUGAAUAGCAACAUCGUCAGCACUCUUCAGGGAGGAUGUUUCUUCGGAUCCUUGAUUGCCUACUACAUUGCAGAUAGAUGGGGAAGAAGACCAUCUCUCCUUUUAGCAGCUGCGGUGACUUGUGCUGGUGUCACUCUUCAGUGUGCUACUAAAGGUUAUCUUGAUGGGCUCUACGUUGGACGACUUAUUGCCGGCUUCGGUGUUGGUGCUGCUAGCAUGCUUACACCCCUUUACGUUAGCGAGAACGCACCUCGUGCUAUCCGGGGUGGUUUGACUGGCCUCUAUCAAUUGUUUAUCGCUACUGGUGUUAUGCUCAGUUUUUGGGUGAACUAUGGAAGCUACAAAAACUUCAAACCUCAGAAAACAAACAACGCUACCUGGCUCCUCCCACUGGCACUUCAAGCCAUUCCAGCGAUAUUCCUGUUUCUCGGUGUGUUUUUCUGCAAUGAGUCUCCAAGAUGGCUUGCUAGAAACGAUAAUUGGGAGCAAGCAACUGCUGUCAUCUCUCGGAUCACAAACCUUCCUCGAGACCACCCCUACGUCCAGAUGGAAUUAGAAGAGAUGAGAGAACAGCUUGAAAAUGAGCGACGUCUGAUCGGCGGUGCUUCCUUCUGGGAUUUGCAACGAGAAAUGUGGACAAUCAAGGGAAAUCGCAAGCGAGCUUUGAUAUCCAUCGGGCUUAUGGUCUGCCAACAAAUGACUGGAACUAACGCCAUCAAUUACUACGCACCGCUCAUAUUCAAGAACUUAGGAAUCACCGGAACCGAUACCGGUCUCUUCGCCACCGGUAUCUACGGCGUCACUAAGAUGGUAACCUGCGCCGCCUUUCUCCUCUUCGCAGCCGACUCCCUAGGACGCCGCCGCUCCCUCCUCUGGACCUCAAUCGCCCAAGGCUGCGCCAUGUUCGUAAUCGGCUUCUACGUUCGAUUCAAGCCCCCCGUUCCAGGCGAACCCAUUCCCGGCGUCGGCUACUUCGCACUCGCCUGCAUUUUCCUCUUCGCAGCCUUCUUCCAGUUCGGUUGGGGUCCUUGCUGCUGGAUUAUUGUCUCUGAGAUCCCUACCGCGAGAUUGAGGGCCAUGAAUGUUGCGCUUGCGGCUGCGACGCAAUGGCUUUUCAAUUUCGUCGUCGCCCAGGCGGUGCCGCAUAUGAUGGAGGAUGUUGGGGCGCAUGGGUAUGGGACUUAUUUCAUUUUUGGGAGCUUUUGCUUUAGUAUGUUCUUCUAUGUGUGGUUCUUGAUUCCCGAGACGAAGGGGUUGAGUCUGGAGAGGAUGGAUGACAUCUUCGGUGUUACUGAAUUAGCUAAAGCUAUUGGUGAUGAGGAACGUGCUCAUUCUCCUGUCGAGAAGAAUUCUCACACUGAAGUCAUUGAGAGCACAGGGAGCCCCAGAUUCCAAGAGCAGGCAAGAGACAGAGAAGUGCAGGUUUAA